AUGUCCUCAAUUCACCGGCUUUGUUCUCAUUUACAGAAUGCUUCUCGUGCUCAUCUUGCACAAACUUCUGUACCUGCUACAAAACUCAAUUUUGGCGUAUGUCUUGGACUAUAUGCGCAUGGAUGGAUAGCAUAUAUUAAGAGAGGCUCUUUUUCUGGACCUGAUAAUAUAUAUACUCCAACAACACGGGAAAAUAUUGCUACUCGGCGGCUUUGGAUUGGAUUAAAGUACAAUGCAAUGACACCGGUUCUACGGCGGCUUGUAGCCCUAAGUACGCCAAGUAGAAAACGUUGGAUGUCGCCAGAAGCACUUGCAGCACUGGCACUGCGUAGAGUCUCUACAAUUCCGGUGCUGCAGCCCGGAGAAUGUCUUUUUGUGCAGACACGUAAAGGUGUGCUUGAAGCACGCGAGGCAGCAGCAAAGUUGCUCGGAGGAAUGCUUCUUUGUCGUGUAAGCUGA